AUGAGAGUUGCGCUUUUCGCUGGCCUCGUCGGCCUCACCUCCCUUUCCAAUGCUGGCCAUGUACCAAGGGACUACAACAAUAACGACUAUUACGUCCUCCAGAUCCACUCCACUGGCUCUCCGGAGGAAGUCGCUUCUCGUCUAGGUUUUAAAUAUGCAGGCACCGUCGGUGAUCUGCCUAACCAUUACGUUUUCAGCUCUCCAAAAUCUAAAGGCGACGUCGUACGAACAGAAAUACUAGAAAAUAAGAAGAGAAAGAGGCGCGCACCCGACGAGUUCGACGUUCUCGACAAAGUCCUGUUCUCGGCUAAGCAGGAGCUUCGUCGACAUUUGCAUAAACGUGUCAUCCCGCCGCCUCCUCCUGGGAUGCCGCGUGGCGAUGCAGAGCCCAUCCCCUCGGCCGUCAAGAAGCAGCAAACACUCAUGAAUAGUCUUGGCAUUAGAGACCCAAUUUUUACUAAGCAGUGGCAUCUGUUCAAUUCCGUCGAGGUUGGCCAUGAUGUCAACGUCACAGGUGCCUGGAUGGAGGGCGUCACGGGAAAGAACGCUACCGUUGCCAUCGUCGAUGACGGCUUGGAUAUGACGAGCGACGAUCUCAAGGCCAAUUACUUCGCCGAGGGCUCUUACGAUUUCAACGACCAUGACGAAGUGCCCGCCCCUGUGCUUGCCGAUGAUCAUCAUGGCACUCGGUGUGCCGGAGAAGUCGCAGCUGUGCGCAACAACGUGUGCGGUAUCGGUGUUGCGUACGAGGCCAAGGUUGCAGGCAUUCGCAUUCUCAGCGCCGUCAUCUCCGACGAAGACGAAGCCAAGGCUCUCAUGUACAAGAACGACAAGAACCAGAUCUAUUCAUGCUCUUGGGGCCCUUCUGAUGAUGGCCGCACCAUGGAGGCCCCUAGUGUUCUAAUCAGACGGGCAAUGCUCACGUCUAUUCAAAAGGGCCGAAAUGGGCUCGGCUCCAUCUUCGUCUUUGCCAGCGGCAACGGGGCGAGAAGUGGAGAUAACUGCAACUUCGACGGUUAUACCAACUCAAUCUUCAGCAUCACAGUCGGCGCUGUCAGCAGGGAUAAUCAACAGACGUACUACUCGGAACCUUGCUCUGCUCAACUCGUGGUCACUUACAGCAGCGGUGGCAACACUGCCGACGGUUUCAUCCACACAACCGAUGUCGGACAAGACAAAUGUACAGAUCGUCAUGGGGGAACCUCGGCGGCAGCUCCACUUGCUGCUGGCAUUUUUGCCCUAGUUCUGGAAGUCCGCCCGGACCUGACCUGGAGAGACUUGCAAUACCUCGUCAUGAACUCUGCCAAGCCCUUUUCGGCACCGGGUGUCGUCUGGAACCAGACAAGCAUUGGAAAGCAAUUUAGCCACGUAUUUGGCUAUGGCAAUGUGGACACCUACGACCUUGUACGAAGAGCGAGGACUUGGGAAACGGUCAAGCCCCAAGCAUGGUUCUUCUCUCCUCGGCUUGAGGUCAACCAGGCAAUUCCCCAAGGACCAAGCGGCGUGGGUGCAAAUUUUACUGUCACCAAGGACAUGCUAAAGGAGGCAAACCUGGAACGACUGGAGCACGUGACGAUAUUCAUGAACGCCAACCACACUCGACGUGGCGACCUCAGCGUCGACUUGAUCAGCCCGAACAACAUGGUCAGCCAUCUCGCGACAACUCGCAGCGGAGACGAACACCAGGUCGGCUAUGUCAACUGGACCUUCAUGAGCGUAGCCCACUGGGGUGAAUCUGGUGUGGGAACAUGGACCUUGGUGGCCAGAGACACGGUGCAAAACAACCACGUGGGUAUAUUUACUGACUGGCGGUUAAAGCUAUGGGGCGAGUCUAUCGAUGCCAGCAAGGCCACCCAGCUGGGUAUGCCGACGGAAGACGAAUAUGUCACUCAGCCUGCUACGGAAAUUCCUACUUCAACAGCCGGCAGUACAGCCACUUCUUCUGCUACUGCUACUGCUACUGCUACUGCUACUGCUGCUCCUACUAGUACCUCUCCCCCAGCUUGGUUCCCAGGCUUCGGGUCGAAAACAGCCAUGCUGUGGGUGGUUGGUGCUGCUGUUAUCAUCGCGCUCUUCUGCGUCGGCUUGUGCAUCUACCUCUUCGUCGCUCGCAAGCGUCGAAACACGCCCCGCGACGACUACGAGUUUGAGCUUCUUGACGAAGAGGAGGCCGACGGCUUGAACGGCAACGAGAAGGGCGGCGAAGGCCGCCGCACCCGCGGUGGCGAGCUGUACGAUGCCUUUGCCGCAGCCAGCGAGGACGAGGAUGAGUUUGAGGAGUACAGAGAUCCGUCAGCGGAGCGAUUGGCUGGCACUGGGGGCCAAGGGGAUCAGUAUGUCGUCGGCGAAGAGAGCGAUGACGAAGGUGGUCCCGAAGCAGCCGAGGCAAGGCCUCUCGGCGGGGGCCGCCCAUCAUGA